UGCAUAUGUUUCUCUCCUCAGUCAUCCCCAAUUUUUUUCUUCUCAAAACCUCAGUAUCUCCACCACUUCUUCACAAAUCUUGAACAUCCAAAAUAAAAAGAAAAAACAAAAACAAAUCUUGAAAAUCCCAAUUUUUUUUAAAAAAAUCUUUGUGAUUAAUUGCAUGGGAUAAUUUGUGAUAUAAUAUUUCUUUGUGGUCAUCAUAAUUUUGUGUUCAUGGAGUACUACUAUUGCAAUGUUAAAUGGAGGAUUAUACACAAAAAACUCCUUCUAUUUUUUACAAUCUCCUUCUUCUUUUUUGCAGCCUACAACAAAACCCUCAACUCUACAAGUCUCUUUGAAAUCAAUUUUGGGUUGGCUGCUAAAGCUGAUUUUUCCUUCCAGAGAUUCAAGAAGGCCACGGAAAAUACAAGGAGGAUUUUAGGUGGCUUAGGAUCGUCGCCGCCGCGGUGCAUCUUAAAAUGUGGCAAAUGCACGCCAUGCCACCCUGUCCACGUGGCAGUGCCACCGGGGACUCCGGUGACUGCUGAGUACUACCCAGAAGCUUGGAGGUGCAAGUGUGGCAACAAGUUGUACAUGCCCUAAUUUGAUAUGAUCAUUUUUAUAUAACAAAAUUGUGAAGGAUAUAAAUGU